UGAGAUAAUAGAAGUGUGUGGAUAAGAUAGCCAGUGAACAUUAUCUUUCACUUGUCACUUAAAAGAAAUCUUCGUGUAAUUUGCAACGUGUAUCUAUCUUGUACCUAUCUGUUGUAUAAUAGACGUGGAGUUCUGAACCGAACCUGACAUGAUUACUUGAGAUCAAGAUAAGUUAAGCUGAUUUCUCAUAUCAAUGUCAAUCUGUAUGCAUAUAUCUUUAGUUUAUCACAUUAUUCUAUUGCAUCCAUCGACGUCUUCAAGCUGUCGAUGAUUGCAUCAAUGGCAACAACAGAUCAUUGUCAUCAUGUAAUUUUAAGCAACGGCUGUCGAUUUUGUAAAAAUGAAUACUUAUGUUCAACGAGGACCACAGUUUUAUGUCAACCUUAUUUGUAGCCUUGUGUGUAGAGCCAAUAAAGCUACAAGUCUGCUUUAUGUAUUAUGUCCGUGCGUCAGAUUGUAGCGGUCAAUGUCGACAGAACGUCAAACUUCACAUUGUUAUCAAAACUAACUUUGAUCAGCAAGUACAUGAAUGUUGUGUAUGAUCAACAGCACUGGCGACCCUGUAAUAUCCUAGUAUAAUGUUCAGCGUGCUUGUGACGUGGCAGAGCGUGUCAGUAGGCAGAGAUGGCCAGUCAGACCCAGAGCACGCAGACCACGAGCUCGUUAAGUAAGGAGAUAGACAUCGACGCUCUGCUGGAGCAGCUGGGCACGUUCGGCCGCUACCAGCGCUGGGUGUUCGUGUACCUGGGCGUGGCCAUCAUAUUCACCAGCAUCUACAACUGCCAAUAUGUGUUCAAUGCUGCUGGCGACAAAUACAGAUGUGAAGUUCCCGAGUGUGAAGAAUAUCCAGUUUACAGUCAAACGGACCCGUGGGGAAGAUUCGCGUUGCCAGCAAAAGGCUUCGAAUGCUACCGGAAGAUUCCCAUUGGCCAGACCUGCGCGCCUGAGAGCUUCUCCAACACCACCCAGCGCUGCUACUCCUGGGUGUAUGAAGAGGGACUGACCAUAGUCGCUGAGUUUGAUUUGGCGUGUCAGGAGUGGAAGCGCACAUUAGUGGGCACCAUCCACAACUUCGGCGUGUUCCUGGCCAUUCCGCUGACUGCCUCGGUCUCUGAUGCUUACGGCCGACGUUUCGCACUGAUCGGCACCUGUGUGGCUCCACCCGUCUUCGGUAUGAUGCGAGCCUUCUGCAGCAAUUACAUACUGUACUUAAUUCUGGAGUUCUUCGAAGCACUGGUUGGCAAUGGCACAUACAGCACAGCGUUUAUCAUAGCUCUUGAGAUAGUGGGUCUAAAGAUGCGAGUACUCGGUGGAAAUAUAAUCCAGAGCACGUACGCGGUGGGGCAGAUCCUGACCGCCGUCAUUGCCUGGGUCGUGCCUUACUGGAGGACAUUUACUAUCGUCAUAUUUGCUCCUUCUUUCCUAUUCAUUUUCUACAUCUUCUUUGUGGAAGAAAGCUUCCGAUGGUUGAUGGUCCAAGGAAAGGACGAUGAAGCUGCAAGAAUCCUUCUUAAAAUGGCAAAGUGGAACAAAGCGCAUCUUUUACCAGAAACUAAGGCAUAUCUGACCGGAGAACAAAGCAGAUUUUAUCGGCCUUGGAACCCGUUCCCCCGUAGCUCGCCAGCGCCACCCCCGCCCAAAGCGAAGCACCUGAUGCGGCAAGUGCUGAAGUCCAGGACGAUGAUGUUCCGCAUCAGCGUGGUGUCCUUCUGGUGGGUGUCGGUGACCAUGAUCUACUACGGCCUGUCCAUCAACUCGGUCUCGCUGAUGGGCAACAAGUACAUCAACUAUAUGAUGACGGCGUUUGUCGAGAUCCCUGGCUCACUUCUUUGCUAUAUGACACUCGACCGAUUCGGAAGAAAAAGCUCUAUAAUGACAAGCUUUUUUAUCUGUGGUAUAUCGUUACUCGUACUACCGGUUGUAAAGAACCAUUGUGUUAUUUCAGCGACUCUUGUGCUAGCCCUGAAUUUAGUGGGCAAGAUGAUGAUCAGCUUAAUCUUCUCCGGCAUUUACAUCUACACGGUGGAGUUGUUCCCGACGAACGCGCGCCACCGGCUGCUGGGCAUCUGCUCCAUGACGGGCCGCAUCGGCUCCAUGUGCGCGCCGCAGACACCUCUGUUGGUUGAUGGCGUACAUGGCGUCGCUGCCGUACAUUUUGUUUGGCUCGCUGGCUGGCACGUCGGGGCUGCUGAUGCUGCUGACUCCGGAGACGCUGCACAUGAAGCUGCCCGACACCAUCGAGCAGGCCGAGCAGAUGACCGUCGCCGGCCGCACCCACAAGACGACCGAUCUAAUUACGUAACACUGAGCUUGCGCUGCAGGCCUCGGUCUUACUCUCACUAUUCGCAGGUCUUUAGUAUAAGUUGAUGGCCAUCAAGUACUAGUAGUAGUUAUACUACGUAUAUAUUUUAGAUGUCAAAGUCCGGGAUCUUGAACGUCCCUAAGGCCGCUGCCUCGACUCAGGCGGCGGUGUGGGAGCGGGGCGGGCGUCGCAGAUCCGUUCUCGAAACUAGCGGGCAGAUCGCGCGACAUUGUGCCGCGUAGUGUUUAAUUAUUGUGUCGUCGAGAUAUUUGUUUUUAUUAGCGAAUGAAAUGUCAUUUCAAAUUAAAUUGCUGAACACUGCUACGCAGACGCGUGGGCGGUCACCGCUCGAAUAAAGUACACCGCUCGCUGCCCGCCCCCGCCCCGCUGCCGCGCCGCUGUUUUCGAGCGCCGGUCCAUUUGAUUUUACACAAGAUCCUGUUGCCACUCCGUUGAAGAUGAUGUAUGAACAUUAUACACAUACCUAUACAAUAUAAUGAUAUGUACUUAAUUAAAAUUAUACGAAUAAUCUCCACCAGGUUGUCCGUUACUGAGAUCAUUAUAGAUAACAUUGUGUUUAAUUA